AUGAGCAGUGGCACUGAGAGCGACUACGCAAAGUACUGGAUUGACUGGUUCCUCGAGAUUAAGGGCAAUGAAUAUUUUUGUGAAGUGGAUGAAGAUUACAUCUUGGAUCGAUUCAAUUUGACGGGUCUCAGUCAAGAAGUACCACAAUUCUACGCCGAAGCAUUGGAUAUGAUCACUGACAACUUGGAUGAGGAAGCACUUACUGAUAAGGUCCGAGAACAAAUUGAAAAGGCUGCUCGUCAUUUGUAUGGAUUGAUUCAUGCUCGCUUUGUGAUCACGACACGUGGAUUGGCCAAGAUGUUGGACAAGUACAAGAAGGCUGAUUUUGGUCGCUGCCCGAGAGUCCUUUGCCAUCAACAAGCCUUGUUGCCAGUGGGUUUAUCGGAUAUUCCUUUGACCAAGACCGUGAAGCUCUACUGCCCACGAUGUGAAGAUAUUUACAAUCCCAAAUCUUCCCGACAUGCAGCCAUUGAUGGUGCUUAUUUCGGCACAUCUUUCCCUCAUAUGCUCUUCCAAGUACAUCCAUCCUACAUGCCACCAAAGUCAUUCGAACGAUAUGAGCCUCGCAUCUUUGGCUUCAAGAUUCAUGCAAUUGCGGAACAACACAGAUGGCAGGAUCGAGCUCGACAGGAAUUUAAUGAAAAGUUGAAGGACGACGAUGAAAAGGAUCAAGCAUAG